AUGGAAACAGAAGUGGAGCCGAAACGCACGGACUGUCACGCUGCUGACAUGCUAUUUCUUGCAGGAUCCUGUGUCAGCUACCUGAAGUCUCCAAGGUUUCUCAUUUAUCUUGGCCACUCUCUGUCCACCUGGGGGGAUCGUAUGUGGCACUUCGCUGUCUCUCUCUUCCUAGUAGAGCUGUAUGGGAACAGUUUACUUCUGACUGCCAUCUAUGGGCUUGUGGUGGCCGGCUCUGUUCUCCUGCUUGGGGCCAUCAUUGGAGCAUGGGUGGACAAAAACCCCAGGCUGAGAGUAGCGCGGACUUCGCUGGUUGUGCAGAAUGUCUCUGUAAUUAUCUGUGGAAUCAUUCUGAUGGUGGUCUUCCUGUACAAGGCAGAACUGUUAUCCAUUUAUCAAGGAUGGUUGUUGAUUCUGUGCUACAUCUUAGUCAUCUCAAUAGCAGAUGUUGCCAAUCUGGCAAGCACAGCCAUGUCUAUCACCAUUCAGAGGGACUGGAUUGUUGUGAUCGCUGGAGGUGACAAAGACCAACUAGCAGAUAUGAAUGCUACGAUGAGGCGGAUUGACCAGCUGACAAACAUACUGGCUCCCAUGGCUGUUGGACAGAUUGUAACCUUUGGUUCUUCAGUGCUUGGCUGUGCCUUUAUUGCUGCAUGGAACUUUGUGUCUAUGUGUGUAGAGUACCUGGUGCUGUGGAAGGUCUACAAGGAGACGCCAGCUUUGGCUUUCAAGGCGGGAAGGAAGAGGGAACAAGAAAUGAAGCAGCUGAAUGCCAAUGGCAUUGAUACGACCUCAAACACUGCAGAAAAUCCUGCAGAAGGUGAUCUCCUUAUGGAAGAAAAAGCCGAGUCAUCAGUUGAAAUGACUGAAGAACCAGGCUGCUUUGAACGAAUGACAGAACCAUUCCGCAUAUUAAGAAAUGGCUGGGUGGCCUACUACGAGCAGUCGGUGUUCUGGGCUGGAAUGGGACUCUCCUUUCUCUACAUGACUGUCCUUGGCUUUGACAGCAUUACCACCGGCUAUGCCUACACACAAGGGCUGAGUGCCUUUGUUCUUAGCCUUCUCAUGGGAACAUCUGCUGUUUUUGGCAUUGUGGGAACUUUGGCCUUCACUUGGCUGAGGCAGAUAUGUGGCCUGGUUCGUACCGGCUUCAUAUCUGGAAUAGCUCAGCUCUGCAGCCUUGUUCUUUGUGCGGUGUCAGUUUUUAUGCCUGGAAGCCCAUUUGAUCUCAGUGUUUCACCAUUUGAAAACCUCGGAACUCACUUACUUGGAGGACAACCAGUCUCCCCUGUGCCUACAGCUGCUGUACAUCAAGAGAACUCCACAACCACUAUACAGAGUCUACUAAAUUACUCCAACACAACUACCACCGAGCAUGGCGUCUCUAUUCCGCUCACCUCUGUCAGUCUAUUCUUUGCUGGGAUCAUUGCUGGCAGAGUUGGGCUUUGGUCAUUUGAUCUCACAGUCACACAACUACUUCAAGAAAAUGUUAAGGAAUCUGAAAGAGGCAUCAUAAAUGGUGUCCAGAACUCCAUGAAUAACUUGCUGGACCUGCUGCAUUUUAUUAUGGUGAUCCUAGGACCCAACCCAGAGGCUUUCGGACUGCUUGUUCUAAUUUCAGUCUUUUUCAUAGCCAUGGGUCACGUGAUGUAUUUUGGAUUUGCUUACAAAAACUUAGGAAAACAACUGUUUUCUUGCUCUUCUUCUUCUGACCCCACGCCAGCUCCAAGCAAUCAGAAACAUAUGGAUACCUCUGCUGUUUAACAGGU